AUGGCCGACACCGAUGCUCCCAUGGACUGCAACGGCGAGAUCGCCGACGACACCCGCCGCGGCCUCCGUAUCGGUUCCAUCUUCAUCAUCUUGGUUGCAUCUCUCAUUGGUGCCCUAGCCCCCGUCCUUUUGGCUCGCCAGACACGCAUGCACGUUCCCAAGUUCACCUUUUUCGUCUGCAAAUAUGUCGGUACAGGUGUUAUUAUCGCCACUGCAUGGAUGCACUUGCUUGAUCCCGCCAUUGACAACCUCAGCGACGAAUGUGUUGCUGCUCGUGUCCCCGACUAUCCUUGGGCUCUUGCCAUCGGUCUCAUGACCGUCAUGACCAUGUUCCUCGUCGAACUUCUCGUCACCAGCUUCCAGAAGGAUGACGAACACAACACUGGCAACGCUUCCGAUAGCGAGGGCCCUUCGCUGGAUUAUAUUGCCAAGAAGCGCCCCGGCAUCAACACCGCGCCGGAGGAUUGCCCUCAUAGCCCUGAUCUGGAGCAAGCCGCUGGCAUCGACCCCAAGAGCAUCCCCGGCCGUCCCGACGAUGUCAGUUACCCUCCUGGGGGUGAGGAUCAUCUUGCACACGCUCGCACUCACGAAGAAGGUGAGGGCGGUCUUGCCGGCCAGCUCACUGCCAUUUUUGUACUUGAGUUCGGUGUCAUCUUCCACAGCGUGUUUGUUGGUCUGACUCUUGGCACCACCGACAACCUUGUCAUUCUUCUCAUUGUCCUCGUCUUCCACCAAAUGUUUGAGGGUCUUGGUCUCGGAUCCCGUAUUGCUACCGCCCCUUGGCCCAAAUCCAAGCAGUGGCUGCCUUACGUCCUCUGUGUGGGCUUUGCACUCUCUACACCCGUGGGCAUCGCCGCUGGCAUGGGUGCCAAGCCUGCCAAUGCCACCGACCAGAAGCUCACCAACGGUAUCUUUGAUGCCAUCAGUGGCGGUAUUCUCAUGUACACUGGUCUCGUUGAGCUUCUUGCUCACGAGUUCAUGUUCAACCCCCACAUGCGUCGCUCCCCGCUCAAGAUUCAGCUCUUCGGCUUUGGCUGUAUCGCUUUCGGUGCUUUUGUCAUGGCGCUGCUUGCCAAUUGGGCAUAG